GGCUCGUUUCUACCCCGCAAUUUCAUCAGCCACCCCACCAACCCCUACUCACAUAGGUUAUACGACUGUCAGAUCUCCAGACAGAAAGCCAAUCACAACGCACAAGCGAAUACGAAUGCCAUGCUGUUAACCAUGAUGAAGAAAUCUUACAAUUCUAACUGUGGUUAUAUCUAUGAAGCGAUUUCCCACUCCUUCACUCUACCCUCCUAGCUCAAAUUGAAAGAUACACAUACACCUGAUCGAUAUCAAGAUGAACGAUCCUCCUCCGCCAUAUACAUCCCGUCCGCCCUCAUAUACAGAAAGGACACCUCUUCUACAUCUCCACCUGCCGACCGAGCCUCGUCCUUAUCAAACUCCAGUUCUUAGAUCAGACGAUGCAUCGAGAUUCAGAGCAGCUACUUGGAUGUCGAUUUUUAUUAUCUCGUUGGUGGGCGCGUUUUAUAUUGUUCUCACUAUGGUGGUGGUGUUCAGUAUUUUUUGGCCGAAGGAGGGGGGUUAGUGAACAUUAGGAAAGCAGAUGAGGAUGUGGAAUCGGUGGAAUUCAGUGAGUCUGGAGGUGCAUGAGGAUGGAGUUGUUCAAAAAAAUAAAAUCGGAACGGGACGCACAUUUUCAUAUUGGUUUUGGAAGGGUGUUGAGUUGAUCACGAUACUUAUUCACAAUAUCGAUGAUUUCUGAGUUGGUUUGCCGCUUGAACAAUACCAGGUUAAUGCACAACCAGUCAAAUGAUAAUCACACUGUAAUUGUAAGUAUGCCUCACAUACGACAAUGGCUGUGUCACAAAAGCCUAUCAAGAUAGCGACCGGUGACGGUGUCCAAUCCUAGUGUAUGAUUGUACCCUGUUUUAUGCAGGCGGCCGCAUUGCGACCGUCACACGGAGGCGCAAUACAUUUGAUGACCAUCACCUCAGUCCAUGUAUCAAGAUUAGGACUGUGAUUUUCAGCUCCAUAUGAUGGACUAGAAUCUCAACAUUGCAAUCUCGUCGUGAGUCUUUCAAUAAUCAGCGAUUGUGUUGAUAUCAAGCAAAUAUGACAACCAAGAAUAAUGAGGAUGGCCCACCACCGCCAUAUACGCCUGGAAGUCCUCCGACAUACUCAUACUCGGAAUCAUCACCUCUUCUUCGAACAGUAACCCGGGAUCUUCGCUCGGACUUGGAGAAUGGGAAUGACAGAAAGAGCAGGAAGCUCUCUAGAAUAUUGCUCACUGUCAUCGGGGCGUUUCUGACUGCACUCAUAAUUCUCGGCUCGGGUUUCUUGUUGGUAUCUAUCAUUUGGAAAGCUGCAACCGUCGUGAAUGUUAAGAUUGGAAUUAUUGGUGCUGGACCUGCGGGGGUUGGCGCGGUUCAGGGUGUGAGAGAUGGGAUUUCACGGUUUAGCCAGGAGUUCAAAGAUCGAAAUGUUGAUGUGCAAGUUGAGAUUGUGUUAUAUGAAGAGAAGACGAGAGUUGGCGGCAGGAUGGUGGUCGAGGAUACAGAUGGCGUGGAGCUUGAGGCUGAAGAUGUUGCGAGUGGAGCAUUUAAUGGAAAGCUAUUGAGUAUUAUUGGCAGGAUGGAGGAUGUGAAGGUGCAAAACGAUGUUGCUAUUGAAAGCGAAAAUCUUGGAAUGGGAAAGGUUGGAUAUUUCAACGGAAACAAUAUCGUUACCGAAACAUACCGACCUUAUGCUACCACUCCCUGGAAGCAUUAUCUCUAUCUCCUGUUCAGAUAUGGUCCUUCUACCUGGCACGCUCCAAGAAUUCCAACAGGCACCAUGAAGUUCUUUCAUAAUUUCCUCCCUAAACUCGACACUAUAGGGGUAUCAUCUGUCAGAGAUCUGACCACCAUAAUGUCCAACAAAUAUAGAUACACCCCAUUUAGCCUUCCCGCAACCGCAAGACUGAAGAAAAAUGGAGUCGGAGGAAAUUAUGUACGAGACAUACUAGCCCCUCAAGUUCGUCGUCAUACUGGACAGUUGAUUGGGCAGAUGAGUGACUUAACACUAAGCAUUGCACUUGAGCGAGAAGAAUCCGGGUCUACGAAGGCGAUAAAUCAUGGAUUCUAUCAAAUGGCAAUGGAGAGGGCAUUCAAAGAGAACAAAGCAAAACUAAAUCUCGCUACAAAAGUGAUCCAGGCUCGCUGGGAAGAAGUCAUCGGAAAUCAUGCAAAGUGGGUGAUACAAUGGGAAAACUCAGCACAUAAUGAGGUCGUCCCAGGCACCGAAGAGUUUGAUAAAAUUAUCAUUGCCGCGCCGUUCAACUACACAGAAUUGCUAGGAGAAACACAGGACGGCAAAUCACUUUACCCUCGCGACGAUACCCAGGAUCCCGAAUACCAACCCCUAUACAUCACAUUCUUCACCACCUCCUCACUCCUCACUUCAUACCUCAAGAACGCACGAUCGCCCCUACCCGCACAACUCCUACCCAUCCUUGAUCCAAAACAACCCUCUACAUCCCCCUUCAACUCACUCAUCGAACUUUCUCUUCUCCGCACCAUUCACCAUCCUCCGCAAGCACCAAAUCCCACCCCCCAGCAAUAUCUCCACCGUCUCCUCUCCUCCCAACCCAUCACCCCCACUUCCUUCACCAGCAUCCUCCAUCUCCCCAACACAACGCAGAUCGAAACUUGGAAUCAGCAGGAGAUUCGCCACGCGUAUCCGCACACACAAACGUUCCUCCCAGACACAACAGAAGACAAGGGAUCUCUGAAACUUGGAGAUCAUAUAUGGACGACGAGGGGGAUAGAGGGGGUACUGGGGAGCUUGGUGGAGGGGGCGUGGAACGGGGGGAGGAUGGUCGGGGAGAAUAUCGCGAGGGAGAUUUUGGAGGAGGUGGAGGCGAAGUUUGGACGGGUGUGAAGAGGGGGUAUUCGUAGGAUUUUAUAUAUAUAUGUGUGUGGUUUAUAGGAAGAUAGGCUGAGAACUGCGGGACGGGGUGGAUUAUAAUAAUACAUAUGAUACUGAUCAGACAGCAAAGCAAUCAUUUAUUUCUUUCUUUCUCUGACUACCCACUUAAUCCUCGAAUACAGAAUACCAAUAUCAAUACCAAUACCUCAUAUCGAAUAACUAACUCUAUAUACAUAUACAUAUAUAUAUACAUGUAUUCCCAACAAACUAAUCGCCACUAACAAUUUUCCAUUCACCGAUUCAAGAA